GUUGUAUAUAUAAGCUCAUAAAGCCAACAAAGAAGACCAAAUCCAGAUUUUGCAGCACUCCACGGUUCCACAAAAGUCAACACAGAUAUUUACAAUGUAUACCAAAACAAAUGAAAAAACUCCUCUAAAGCCGGUUACUUCCGAGCUCCAAUCUAAAACUGCAGGGAAAACAAAAGGUCCCCUGUUCAUAAAUCCUCCAGCUCACAUUACAUACACAAUUAUGGUUUUUUCUGGUAUUGUCUUCGGGUUCGCACUCUCUAAGGGGAGAGUGUUUGAACCGGGGAACAUAGCUGGACAGAUGGUCUUUGAAAAAUUCAUCAUGUUUAAGAUGUUCUUCAUGGCCAUGAUUUCGUCGCUCGUAACCCUGUCGGUGCUGUCAGUUAUGCCUCGCACGCGUCCAUACUUCUUAAAAGCUGUGGAAGAGUACGGUAACUGCACUAAUUCGAGGGGACUUUUGAUGACAUCAUUAGGUGGUCUUAUGCUGGGUACUGGCAUGUCUAUUGCUGGUUCCUGUCCCGGGAACGUUUACAUACAAAUGGGAGGUGGCCUGGCCUACUCCUGGGUAACCUUUAUUGGAGGUCUCCUGGCCGCUGCCGUGUACAGCUACGUUGAGCCGACUCUCAGAUCUUCCAUCCAGGAAAUUGGAAUAUUGCCAGAGACAUUCCUGCACUUGAAGCUAAACACACCCUUCCACCACUUGGCCUUACCAUUUGCAUGUGUAUUGCUUGUAUGUGUGAGUCUGUUAGAGGCGAUGGUACCCUGGGAAACUGAGGUGACGACUUCUGCUAAUGUAGGGAGCUUCAUAACAUGGUUCAGUUGGCCACCCAUGGUUAGUGGUCUACUCGUGGGUAUUCUCCAAGCACCCAUAGUACUUUUAGUACGUGACACAGUAGGGGGAUCAAGUAGUUUCAUGAGCAUUGUCGCAAAUUGUGGCGUUCGCAACGAACACGUGGACAAAUUCAGAUCCGGCAUGAGCAAUAACUGGCAGGUAAUUUAUGUUCUAGGUGCGUUUCUGGGUGGUCUAUUCAGCUCUAUGCUAUCACACUCCUAUGGGGUAGCAGACUCCGUUGAUUCAUUCGGAUGGAUUCGACAAUUGGUGGGCGGAUUUGUCAUGAUUUUUGGUGCGAGAAUGGCUGGAGGCUGUACCAGCGGUCAUGGCAUCAGUGGAAUGGGGUUUAUGAACUUGAAUUCAUUUUUUGGUGUCAUUGCAAUGUUUGCAGGUGCCAUUCCCACAGGGCUUUUUAUUAAGUAUCUUUUAUAAGUCGGGCUAUAUAAACAUAAAUAAAUUUCUCUUAUACCACUAACAA